CAGCCCCGGGGACAGGAGGAACAGAAGCGGGACCUAGUUGGAGAGACAGGAUGGAGGGGCCUGUGUUAACACUGGGGCUGCUGGCCACCCUGGUCGUGUGUGGCAGCUGGGGUCUAAAUGAGGAGGAGCGGCUGAUCCGGUACCUGUUUAAGGAGAAGAGCUACAACAAGGAGCUCCGGCCCGCCGCUCGCAAAGAGGACAGCGUGGAGGUCUCGCUGGCCCUCACCCUCUCCAACCUCAUCUCCCUGAAAGAAGUGGAGGAGACUCUCACCACUAAUGUGUGGAUUGAACACGGCUGGACGGACAGCCGGCUGCAGUGGGACGCCAAGGACUUUGGGAACAUCAGCGUCCUGCGCCUGCCCCCUGACAUGCUGUGGCUCCCCGAGAUUGUGCUGGAGAACAACAAUGACGGCUCCUUCCAGAUUUCCUACUCCUGCAACGUGCUCAUCUAUCCUUCGGGCUCCGUGUACUGGCUGCCCCCUGCCAUCUUCCGCUCUUCUUGUCCCAUCUCCGUCACUUACUUCCCCUUCGACUGGCAGAACUGCUCCCUCAAGUUCAGCUCGCUCAAGUACACAGCCAAGGAGAUCACCCUGAGCCUGAAGCAGGAGGAAGAAGAAGACGGCCGCUCGUACCCUGUGGAGUGGAUCAUCAUUGACCCCGAGGGCUUCACAGAGAACGGGGAGUGGGAGAUAGUGCACCGACCAGCCAGGAUCAACGUGGACCCCAGUGCCCCGCUGGACAGUCCCAGCCGCCAGGACAUCACCUUCUACCUCAUCAUUCGCCGCAAGCCACUCUUCUACAUCAUCAACAUCCUGGUGCCCUGCGUGCUCAUCUCCUUCAUGAUCAACCUGGUCUUCUACCUGCCAGCUGAUUGUGGUGAGAAGACGUCGAUGGCCAUCUCAGUGCUGCUCGCACAGUCUGUCUUCCUGCUGCUCAUCUCCAAGCGGCUGCCCCCCACGUCCAUAGCCGUCCCCCUCAUCGGCAAGUUCCUGCUCUUUGGCAUGAUACUGGUGACCAUGGUCGUGGUGAUCUGUGUCAUCGUGCUCAACAUCCACUUCCGCACACCCAGCACCCAUGUGCUCUCCGACGGGGUCAAGAAGCUUUUCCUAGACACCCUGCCCAGACUCCUACACAUGUCCCUCCCAGAGGAGGACGGACUGGGCCCUGGGGCCCUCGUCCGGAGGAGCAGCUCCCUGGGUUACAUCUCCAAGGCCGAGGAGUACUUCUCGCUCAAGUCCCGAAGUGACCUCAUGUUCGAGAAGCAGUCAGAGCGGCAUGGGCUGGCCCGGCGCCUCACCACAGCACGCCGGCCCCCAGCAGGCUCUGAGCAGGCCCAGCAGGAGCUCUUCAGUGAGCUGAAGCCAGCUGUGGAUGGGGCCAACUUCAUCGUCAGCCACAUGAGGGACCAGAACAAUUACAACGAGGAGAAGGACUGCUGGAACCGGGUGGCCUGCACAGUGGACCGACUCUGCCUGUUUGUGGUGACUCCCGUCAUGGUGGUGGGCACGGCCUGGAUCUUCCUGCAGGGCGCCUACAACCAGCCCCCGCCCCAGCCUUUCCCUGGGGACCCCUUCUCCUACCUGGAGCAGGACAGGCGCUUCAUCUAGAGUGGGCCCACCCUGCCCGGCCUGGCCCGCUCCCAGGGCAGCUUCGGUGGGGCUUUUGGCCUGAAAGGGACAGGCUUCGGGGGUGGCAGGAAGCUGUGUGGACAGGGGUGCCUGAGAAAGGACAAGCUCUCCCUAGGGAGGCAGCUCCUGGCCGAGACUUGAGCCCAGCUGGUCCUGCAAGGCUGGGUGGAGGGGAGCCGGGCCUCCGGAGACCAAGCAACGGAGGGGAAGCCCCGCUCCUCGAUAAAGACGGCGCCACCGAGAACGUCUGAGGGUGGACACUGGCUGGCGAGUGGGGCAGGGCGCUAUGCGGGAGCCGGGGCCGGGGGCCGGGCUCAAGGGCCAAGGAGAAUGCCACUCAGGCUGGCCUUGUGAGACCCCUCUGUGAGAAGGACAGAGGCUCUUUUUGCCUCCCCCUCCCCCAGGUUGGGGCAGAGCAGGUGGGCUCCUGGGCCCUCACUUCCUGAUUCCCCAAGCUACCCUGUUCCUGCCAACCCCUCAGCCCUGGGCUCUGAGCCCCACCUGGGGCUUCCCUCUGCAGACCCCUUGGGGCAGGAGGUCCUGGGCGGGGUGGGAGCCCUUUCGCCUUGGCCACUCUGUCUGGUCCCUGGGGGAGCAGCCACAGAGGCCAGAGGUCAGCCCGUCACCCUCAGCUCACAUGGGUCACCGUGGGGCCCAGAACUCAGCCCUCCCCCAGCAGUGUCCCCUCUUGCUCACCUUCUCCAGAGUAGGGUUGCCAGGCAGGAUUUGGGACAUACUUCCAUGGAAAAACCAUUCACAUUUAUCUGAAAUUCAAAUUUAACUGUGCAUUUUCUAUAUUUAUUUGCUAAAACUGGCCACUCUACCCCAAAGUGAGCUCCCACUAAUCUUAUCCCAAGGGUGGAAGCCCGAGGCUGGAGGAACUGAGGUUCUGUGAGGUACCCCACCUCCAGGGUGGCGCCAGUGAUCCCUACCUCCUAUCUUCAUGCCCCCGUGUAGUGCCCUCCACACCAUGCCAGGAUUGGUCUGUGUGACCAGUAGAAUGACAGCGAUGGUAUGUCACUUCCCCUGCUAGUCGUAGACGACAUUGCUGCGCCCCCCCACCCCGCUCUUCUCUCGCUCCUUCGCGCUCACUCUCCCGUGGGGAAGCCAGGAGGCAGGACGGACACCCAGUGGGAGCCCCACGAGGCCAGGAACUGAGGCCUCCUGCCAACAGCAUGGGAGUGAACUUGGAAGUGGAUCCUCCAGCCCCAGCAGGACCUUCGGAUGAGAUCACAGCCCCAUGACAGCCCCUAAUCCAGAACCACCCCACUGAGGUGCUCCUGGAUUCCUGAGCCCCAAAACU